AUGAAGCAAAAGCUGGCGGACUCGGAGUUCGAAUUAAAAGCUGCUCGUUUGUCAGGUCUGUACCCAGCCUUUUCACCAGGGGCUCACGGUGGCGUCCAGAGGACUCCCUCCUUUCCCCACAGCCGCACCCCUGCGAGGGUGGACAAGACCACCACCUACCCCUGGAGCCUGCGGAAGAACGAUGGGCCGGCCCACGCCUCCCUCAGCGGAGCCCUAGAGCUGCCCAGAGUGAUCUUGCCCCCUGCGCACCCCACGUUCCUCCGUCCCAAGAACUCCGAAUUGUUUGCGAUGAUCGAGAAGAUGCAGGGAAACCGGAUGGACGAGCAGCGGUGUGCCUUUGCGCCUCCUCUGAAGACGGAAGAGGAUUAUAUUCCGUAUCCCAGCGUCCACGAGGUCCUCGGCCGAGAGGCUCCGUUCCCCCUCAUCUUGCUCCCCCAGUUUGGGGGCUACUGGAUCGAGGGCACCAACCACGAUCUGACGGACCUUCCCGACCUCCAGUCUCCGAGCUCCAGAGUCAAGCUGGAGUGCAACCACAUGGCCAGGGUCUACCGGAAGCACUUUCUGGGCAAGGAGCACUUCAACUACUACUCGGUGGACGCGGCUCUGGGACACCUGGUUUUCUCGCUCAAGUAUGACGUGAUCGGGGACCAGGAGCAUCUGCGCCUGCUCCUCCG